CGGUGUAAUACAUCUGUAAGACUUUCUGGAGCGUAAAUUGUUUAUAAUAUGUUUGACGUUUAUUUGAUUGCUUGUAACCGGUUUCCAGUGUUAAAAUUUAAAAAUGGUUUAUAAAGCAGACCUUAUAUACAUCUGCAUGAGACCCUUUCAGAUUAGAAUUUCCUUGUGUCAAUUAGACCAAGGCGGAAAUUGUUGAAUUCCUUUCUUUCACAUUUUUUUUUUUAAAUUCUUGAGAGUGUUUGUUUUUGUAAAGAAAUUGGUGAUUGAGAGAGCAUGUGCGCUUUACCACUCUCUAAAGUUCUUCCACAAAGGAAAACCAACAGUUUGGAUGCAGAAAGAGAGAAUUUUGAAAGAUCUCAGAGUGUGAGUAUAUCUAAAGCUAUUAAUUGUCAGGAAUCACCUGUGAAGGAGAAACAUGUUCGAUCUGCUAUUAUUGGAACUUUCAAUGAAAAAGGUGCUGGAACAUUUUGGAGUGUUGUUUUAAAGUUAUCAUUGCGAGGAAAUCCGAUAGUUUGUUGGAAGUUUUGUCAUGUCUUGCACAAAGUUUUAAGAGAAGGACAUCCAAAUGCAAUUUUAGAUUCUCAAAAAUAUAAAUCCAGCUUAAAAGAUUUAGGAAAGCAGUGGGGUCUUCUGAAAGAUGGAUAUGGGCGUUUAAUCCAAUGCUACUGUACUCUUUUAAUUGCUAAAUUAGAAUUUCAUCAUAGAAAUCCACGUUUUCCUGGCAAUUUAUCGGUAACUGAUGAAGAAUUAGAUGACAUAGGGGAAAGAGAUGUUAAUGUAUUCUUUCAACUGAGUUGUGAAUUUUUUGACUACAUGGAUGAAAUUUUGAUGCUUCAAUCAUCAGUUUUUGGUUCAUUGGAUAUGUCAAGAUCAAAUUCCAUGACAAAUUGUGGCCAGUGUCGACUUGCACCUUUAAUUCCUUGUAUUCAAGAUUCAAGUCAGUUGUAUGAUUAUACAGUUAAAGUGCUUUUUAAACUUCAUUCAGCUUUGCCACCUGACACAUUAACUGGACACAGAGAGCGUUUCCUGAAACAGUUCAAAUCUUUACAACAGUUUUAUGUGAGUGCGAGUAAUCUUCAAUAUUUUAAGCAUCUGAUUCAUGUACCAUUACUUCCUGAGAAUCCUCCAAAUUUUCUGGUAGCUUCUGAUUUAAGUGCACAUGUGAGUCCUGUAGUAAUUUUACCUCCACAUACAGAUACUCCAGAAAAUGAAACUGUAGAUAUGAAUCUGGUUGAUACAACUGUGCCAAAAUCAUGUGUAAGUUAAAAAAAAAAAAAAAAAAAAAAAAAA